CUCGGGACCAGGUAACCGAAAGCUCCUGCCUCGAAAAUUUCCUAUAUCCGUCCUAUGCCCCUUCCUUUAUCAUUGGUUACCAUAGAACUCGAAGUAUGCACCAAGAACCUUAUUUAUGGGGUGGGGUGAUCAGGUGAAUAAUCCUCUCCAGAGAUCAUGAAUCAUGCUAACCUCGUCUUGUUUUAGAAACUUCCAAAACUUCCACCUGACGUCUCUCCAGACCGAUAGUAUAUCAAUUUGAGAAUGGCCGACUACGGCAAUAUUUUCUUUAAUGUAGCAGCUUUCAUGGCAGGCCUUUUUGUCCUCGAGUUCGGUGCAGAUAGAUUUGUCGACCAUACAGCGAAAGUAGCAACGCGACUCAAGGCGCCCUCAACACUUAUCGCACUUUUGACAGCCGGUGCAGAAUGGGAGGAGGUAAAUAUCCCACCUAUCUCUUGAUCGAUUCCAUACUGAUAAAAAAUAGCUCAUCGUCAUCAUAGCAUCUGUCUCUCAAUCUCAAUCCAGUCUAGCAAUGGGAAAUAUAGUCGGCUCAUCAAUCUCUAAUAUCCUCGGAGCAUUCAGUCUAGGCCUCGUAUUCUCUCCGAACCCAAUUGUUUUUGAUCGUUCGUCAAAGAUCUAUUGUACGAUAUUACUGGUACUCACGAGUUUGUUCAUCUUGCUCGCCAAUUUUCUAGAGCAGUUUGGAAAAGCGAUUGGCGUGGGACUAGUUGCUGCGUUCGGAGUUUAUGUUGGUUCUGUGGGAUGGGCAAUUUAUAAGGGAAUUGUCACGCCACCAGAAAACGAUUCGGACUCAGAUUCAGACAGUGAUAGCGAGGAGGAUGCUGACAUAUUGGUUGGUGGAGAAUACAAAAGAGUAGCCGAGUCUGAAAACCAUGAGAAGAAGAUUUUCGAAUCGUCCAAUGCUGGCUCUCAGAGUAGGUCCAGCAGUUCGACCCAAGGGGCCCUUGAGACUGGUCAUGACGAGGACGAGGAUUCCAUUCCCUUGACAGAAUUGUUGUUUGAUGAAGCCGAAACAGAAGAUGCACGACACGUAAAAUCCAAGCCUAAACACUCUACCAUCUACCACAUCGCCCACCUCCUUCUUGGUUUGGCGGCCCUCUCAUUAUCUGGCUAUCUCCUCUCCCACACCCUCACAACUCUCGCUACCGAAUUCCAUCUUUCAACAAAUUUUCUCGGUAUAACAAUCCUCUCAAUAGCCACUACCCUCCCAGAAAAGAUGAUUGCUGUAUUUUCAGGCUCCAGACAGCAAGGUGGAAUCAUGGUGGCAAAUUCCGUUGGCUCAAACAUAUUUCUCGUCACCUUGUGUGCGGGAGUUUUGUUCUUAGCAGGGGAUCUUGAUCUGCUAAAAGGUGGCAUUCAGGGCUGGGAACUAGGCGUUAUUUGGGGAUGUGCGGUGGGCUUAUUUGCGAUUGUGAUGAUUGGGGGAAGACGUUGGAUGGGAUGGGUUAUGUUGGUUUUUUAUGCUGGGUUUCUAGCUGUUGAGAUUUUGACCGAAGGAAACGAUAAAGAGAAUAAUUCGUAA